UGGUGUUCCAGAAACAUGGCGGACUCUGUCAACAAUAAUUCCGGCUGUUGGAAGAUCCCUGAGGUUUAUAAACAUCAUGAGCAGAAGAAAAUUUGCAUUUCUCGACCAAAAUACAGGGAAGGGAGAAAAGCUAAAGCGGUCAAGGUGUACACCAUAAACUUAGAGUCCCGUUACCUGAUGGUUCAGGGAGUCCCAGCCAUCGGUGUGAUGGCGGAGCUGAUCCAGCUGUGUGCUCUGUACGGCACCGUGGAGGAGUACAGACCUCUGGACGAGUACCCUGCUGAGGAGUUCACAGAGGUCUACCUGGUCAAGUUUCAGAAACUAACAAGUGCCAGAGCAGCGAAGCGUAACAUGGAUGAGAAAAGUUUCUACGGUGGUGUGCUGCAUGUUUGUUAUGUCCCAGAAUAUGAGACUGUGGAAGACACCAGGUUAAAAAUACAAGACCGGAGGAGUUAUGUAAAGAGAGUGGCUCUAAACAGAGCCAAAGAGAAAAAAGAAAAAGAAGCAGCGAACGAGUUUUCUUCAGAAACAUCCUCCACAAUCGUUACCAGACACGAGCAAACCUCUGAAAAUGUAACUACAGAGGAAACUUCCAAUGACAGCAACUAUCCAGUCUUUCCUCUACUGCCAUUACCUCCCCGAGAACAUUAUUCCUUCAGACAUGAAAUUCUGCGUGGGACGGGACCAACAGAGGACAACAUGGGGACUUUACAUAAUGCUGUUACUAACGUCAAACAGCCACCAGUAGACACUUUACGCACCAACCCGUCCUCCUCCAGCAGAGGCCAAGGUACAAAACACAGCCCGAACUCAAAUCAAGCUUCUGAGUUCAGCUUUCUGCCGAGGACCACACAUUUGGAGAGGAGGAAACGCAGAAUGGAAGCAGCUGCAGAGCACUGUGCAAAUGUUUCCGGAGGAAAUGAACCUUUAAUUGGACCGAAACUACCAGAAUCAGCGAAACUGGACAUGGAGGAUGACUCAUUGAACACAACUGUCAGCCUGAUCAGGAGCACACUGAAGCAGGUGGAAUCGGUUUCAGAUCUCAAACCUGUAGAGAAGAAGAUCAAACCACGUCGUCGAAUAUGAUCCAGACGGAUGUGGUGAUGACUGACUUGAGGAAAAGAUCUGUUUUAUUUUAUUUAGUGUGACAAAAU